AUGGAGCAUAUACGGGGCGACAGCAACAAUCUGGCAGACCUCUUCUCGCGGGUCCUUGUGGACAUUGGAGACGACGAUGAAACUAGUAUCAAGGGCGAGAUCGAGGUAUGCCCCCCGGUGGUUCUACUUGGUGAGGCUGAGAUUGACAUUGGUUCUGGUUCUCUGCUACUCUGUGAACUGCCUGAUGAUGCCCCAGUUCCUGAGGAGCUUCAGCGCCUAUAUGGUCGAGGCAGAAUAGAAGUGCGUGAACAGAGUAUACUCUAUACCGGUAAGAAGGGUCGUAAGCCAUAUUAUGACCCUAUUAUGUCACGGCUCAAAGUACUCAGCAUUGCGCACGGUGACUUCCACGCGUCAACUGUGAGAAUGAUCGACGACUUGACUCGAUCUCUGUGGUGGCCUGGAAUGCGCCAGGAUGCGACAGACUAUGUCCAAAAAUGUGUUCGCUGCGCUCGCAGUGCUGCUGUCCAGGCAUGUGCUCACCCGCGGGCUGCUUUGACGGAGGUUAUUGAUUAUGAUAAGGAUUCCGCCCGAUUAUGGGAGGCCGUAAGUCUCGACCACGCCGGUCCAUUCGUUGUUGAGACCAGCUUGGAGAAAUCAGGGCGAGUCUACGUUCUCAUAAUGGUGGACAUGAGGAGUGGGUUUUGUGAGAUGAAAAAGGUGCACAGCGUUACCUCUACGGCUACUACAGACGCCUUUUAUGAAAGUUGGGCGUCUCGGUAUGGUUGGCCAAAGAGUGUUCACUGCCAUAAUGCUCCAUGCUUUCGGUCGGCUGCUACUAUCGCCGUGUGGGAGAGAUACGGUGCCAAAGUGACAUUCAGUCCCCCAUUUUGGCCGAGAGCUAACGGCGUGAGUGAGGCUAUAAUCAAGGAACUGAAGACAGUGAUGAGCAAGACGACGCCAACGACUGAGGCAGAGUUGGAACUUUCUUGUGCUGGGGCGCGAAGCGCUCAUAAUAUGUCCAGAAGCGAUGGGUUACCAAGCUCACCGAUGGAAGUGGCUUUAGGGUACCAGCCACGUACUGCUGCUGGGUCCCUAUGCGACUUCAACGACGGCGAGGAUCCCUUUAAGCGACUGCCUCCUGAUCAAUAUGCUGCUACUGUUGAGAACUACCUCUCCAAGAAAGCUUUAUUGCGUGAGAGAAAGAGGAAGGCGGCUGAUGAUGUGGCCGGGAGAUAUCGACCAAACUCAUUUGGUGUCGUACGACAGAACGAUUUAGCCUUCGUAGUGAGGCGUGGUUCACGUCGGUCUGGCGCUAUAGGCCCGUACCGUGUCACUAAAAUUCAGGGAAAUAGGGCUUGA